GCCGUCCCGACAUAGCAUUUUAAAAAUUUUUCGAAGUGACAGUUAUGCUUAGAAUGUUGAGUUUUACUAGUUCUGAAAGUUUCAUCGUGUUGGGAUGAUGUCGCUGUAAAGUCUGGUACGUUUCCGAGAAAACAAUCCUGUCGUUUAUGUAUGCACAUUCAGUUUUUUCGCAAUUUAAUGCGUUUUCAUAAAAGCUGCAUGCCCUAUCAAAGUAUCCGAUAGCUUUAUAAUAAUUUCCAAUGUUAUUUAAUGUUUCACUCAGAUAUCGAUGAUGACAACAUUUCCUUUUUAUGUCAUAAGCCUGCGAGAAGCAUUUAAAUGCUUCAUUCCAAUUUGUUGUAUGCAUAUGUAGAUCGCCAAUAUGAUCGUAAAUCGAUGCUCGAUCUUUAUGAUUUUUAGGUAAUACAUUUAACAUCAUUUGAAAGUAGGAUUCAGCUUUGGUAUAAUGACCCAUAUCCACCUACAAAAAUUGUCUCACGCGGCAAUAUCAAAAUAGCUGAAGCAGAAGCUGAGUUUUUACUUGAUAUUCGUAAUUGGGAAAGCUUAUCACAUGAUCAAUUUAGAAAACGCUUGUUAGAGAUAAAACUAUUUAGUACAGAAGAAAACAAAUCGAUUAAUCGAUGGACCUUACCUAGCAGAGGUAGUAAUUUAUCAGACAAUGUGGACGAAAGUAUUGAUCAAACAGCACAUACAUAUGAAGCACCGAUGGAGUUGAAACAAUGUGCUCUCGUGGAUCUUAGAUGCGAUAAUAUGUGUUAA